AUGCGGACCCACCCCCACUCUAACUUCGUGGAUCUGACGAAAGCGUUUGACAUGGGGAAUAGUGAAGAGCUGUGGAAACUCAUGCAGAAAUUCGACUGCCCCGAAAGAUUCACCCAGAUGGUGCGUCAGCUCCACGAUGGCAUGAUGGCGCGAGUCACUGACAAAGGAGCUGCCUCAGAGGCAUUCACAGUGACCAACGGAGUGAAGCGGGGCUGCGUCCUCACGCCUACGCUCUUCAGUCUCAUGUUCUCUGCCAUGAUGAUGGACGCCUACCACGACGAACGUCCCAGGAUUCGCGUGGCCAUCAUAAAGGACGACCACCUACUCAAACAGCGGCGGAUGCACUUCCAGUCGCGUGUAUCCACAACCACCGUCCACGAACUUCAGUUCACCGAUGACUGAAGGACACAUGCAAAGGAGUAUGGGCCCCUUCUCCGCCGCCUGCGAGAACUUCGGUCUAAUCAUCAACACGGAAAAGACAAUGGUCAUGCACCAACCGCCACCGGAUGCUGCCUACGUAGUACCCCAAAUCAACGUGAACGGCACCUCACUGCAAAUGGUGGACAACUUCAAGUAUCUGGGCAGCACCCUCGCCCGAACUACCAAGAUCGACGAUGAAGUUGAUCGCCGGAUCUCCAAAGCCAGCCAAGCCUUCGGCCGUCUGCAAAACACAGUCUGA